AUGGACCCGUCGUCCAACAAGCCGACUGGCUCAGCAGAGGCCGACCGCUCGCAGUCAACCGGCAGUAUCCCAACUGCCCUGCUCCAUCCCACGUUAUCCCGCGAAUCCACCUCGAGCACGGCAACCAUAACCCCAAAGACCGACUCGUGGCCCUCGAAGUUGACUUCGCAGACCUCGCAGACCUCGACCACGUCCACCUCCUCUUCGGCUGCACCUUCACCUCUCCACUCGCGCGAGCCCUCUCCAACACGACCGCCGCGGCAGCAACGUACGAGCACCUCACGAGCGUCAUCCAUCAACCCCGGGCCCCGGUCGCGGAAAAACAGUGCUCAGGAUCUAGGAAAACAAGCCAACCCGCCACCACCACCACCACCACCCCCCACGACGAAAACGUUGUCCUCCACGACGCCUACUCUUCUGCCCACUGUAUCAAACCCAAGCUUCAAUGCGGGUGCACCCGUCAAGUCACCCACGUCCAUGGAGCAUAUUCGAAAGUCACCCCGGUGGCCGGUAUCCCCUAGGCUACGAUCUCCUCCACCCAUUCUCCACCAGCCAAACAUCCCACCUCAGCGACGAUCAGAGCACGAAACAACUCUAAUUGCUCUUCAGCGUGCGACCCCGCCCCAGCCUCGAUACCAGGAGCCUCAGUCAGACACCGAUACCGACGACGCCCACAUGCCGUCUGGGUUACGAACCCCCGCUCGAGGUGGUGGAAGCAGCUCAGUCUUGGAGACUGUCCAGGAAGUUAGUCCACUGGGUUCGCAACGGGGACAAGGAGAGUCGCUGGAGGAAAAGAUUGCUAGCAGCAUGGCUUCUGAAUCGUCACAGGCGGAUCUGAUUGGUCUCGGUCUGUCCAAGGAGACAGUGGGUAGAUCCAACACUGGCCCGAACGACAGUGGUAGUGAUAGUGGCAGCAUCAAGGCCAGCCGACGGGGCGGAUCCGGGAUGCCACCGCCCCCUUUGACGACAAGGCAGUCGAGCACCUCGAUCAACAAGCCGGGCAUGCCCAAGACCAAGACCGGCGACCUGCCAUUGCAGAGUAUGACGGUCGAGACGGAGACGGUUACCUCGAUUCCCCAAGCUGCGUUGGCCCCAAGUGUUGGCACCCAGGUGUCAAGUGCCAGUUUGCGGACAAAGGCCAGCAACGAGACGAUACGACCGAGGAAGGAGAAAAAGAAGCCGCCACGGAAGCAACCCACUGUGACGGCGGUCAAUGCAUCCUCCAAGGCCGAUAUCUUCGAGGCCAAGGUCGCAAGCGCCGUCGAGGAAGCAAACUCGUCCGAUUCCGAAGAGACUUUUGUCUACGAUUCUAACCCACCAGAUGCCCGUGACCGACCGCCGAGAUUUCAUUCACGAACGCCGAGUGCGACAUCCAUGGUCAGCCAAAUCGAUCGGCCUGGGAUGAGGUCCAUCCACACCGUGAUGGAGAGUUCUGGGCCUCAGAUGGUUGUCAAGAAGAGCAUGAAAUUCGUCAACACUUACAACAGCAAUGCAAAUGACGGCAUCUAUGGCGACGAUGAUGGGAAGGGAACUGGCAGGAGCAAUGCCGGUUCUGCCCGGGGAACUGCACGACAUCACCAUCAUUUCGGCCGUUGGGGCCGUAACGGAGGCAGCAAUGGUCACCCCUCAUUGUUCGCCGAGCACUCGCCUUUCAGUAACGCUGCAGCUGUUGGGAACGGAGGCUCAAGACACUCUUCCAACCCUCCGAGUCCCCGCUACGCUAAUGCUCGUAACUACUCAGCAGCAAAUGGAAAGAGGUCGACACAUCUAUCAGCAGGGUAUGAUCUCGACGACAACACUACUGGCGCUGACGACGAGACAACACCCUUGGUUCAGUCCUCCACGAUGCGAUCAUCAAGGUCAGGCAGAAGCCGGAGGGGUCCUCACUCGCACUCAUACCGGUCGAUUGAGGCGCAACAAUACAGGUCACCUCCCUCGGUCCUCAACCGGUUCGCGAGUUGUCUGGUCUUGACGGUCAUGCUGUUGCUCAUUGUCUCGGGCGCCAUCGGCUUCAUGUUUGCGACAUCACAACCUCUCACCAAUGUUCAGCUCACCAAUAUGAGCCAUAUUGUGGCCAGCCAACAGGAGCUUAUGCUCGAUCUUACCAUCAAAGCCCAUAACCCCAACGUCGUGGUUGUAGCUGUGGAUUCUUGCAACAUCGAGGUCUUCGCCAAGUCGCCACGCGGAAUGUCGGAUUCAGAGUGGUGGCGCCAUACCCAUCCCGGCGAGGUUGGACCACCACCCAUCAAGAGACCCGAAGGCGAAAUGUUGGCGAUGGAGGCCGACGAUGAUGAUGAUUCGGCGCCUAACCUGCACCUCGGCACCAUCACUGGAUUCGAGAGUCCCCUGACUUUCGAGGGUUCUUUCUUCAACCAGGGCGAUUCGUACUCGACUGGCGAGGUCCGCCUGAAAGAUCCUGGCAACGUCACCAAACCUGGUGGUCCCGAGCGAUGGGAGCGGGUCCUGGAGGACGAGUUCACGUUGAUUUUGAAGGGCGUCAUCACAUACACUCUUCCCCUGAGCCAACGGGAGCGAAAGGCCACCAUCACUGCGAAGAAGAUCAUCAGACCAAACUCGGCCGACGACCCUGCGGUCCAACCCGACGACGGGGAGGUUACCAUCUCACUUAUACCUUAA